AUGGCCUUCGGUAAAUUCACAAACGGCGAGGAAGUUGCGGCUACAUUUGCCGACCGCAUCCAGGGAAAGAAUGUGCUGGUGACCGGUGGAAGCUCAAAGGGUCUGGGUGCUACCACUGCUAGAAUUCUAGCCACCCAUAAGCCCGCAACCUUGAUCGUAACUUAUCGAUCGAGGGCCAAAGUUGAAGAUGUGCUCUCCGAGUUGCAGUCUAUCUCACCGGAGACCAAAGUCAUCGGUUUAGCUCUGGAUUUGGGCGAUCUCGACUCGAUCCGCGCGGCGGCCGACGAGCUGAACCAGUCCAUCUCGCACCUGGAUAUCCUCAUCAACAACGCAGGCGUGAUGUCCGUCCAGGACCGCGAGUUGACCAAAUUCGGCAUUGAGAUGCAAUUUGGAACGAACCACAUUGGACAUUUCUUCUUCACGAACCUCAUUCUCCCCAAGGUGCUGGCCGCCGCGGAGAAGAACCCUCUCGAGGCUACAAGAAUCAUCAAUAUUACGGGAGGCUGGCAUCAAUUCAGUCCUAUCCGGUUCGACGACUUCAACUGGGAGGGAAAGCCUGUCCCAGCGGACCAGGAGCCCAACAAAGCCGUGCUUGCUCACUUUGGGGCCAAGACUGAGGGCGACUAUCUUCCGGAAGCGGCCUAUGCUCAGUCCAAAACAGCCAACAUUCUCUUCUCGGUGGCUUUGAACGCUCGGUUGAAUAGCCGAGGCAUAGUUUCUUAUGCCGUUAACCCAGGAGGUAUCCUGACUGAGAUUGGUCGCCAUAUCCCCUUGGAGAAGGCCCAAAAGAUCGUUGAAUCGGGCUUGUUGGACAAGACCCCGGAGCAGGGAGUGGCCGGAGCGAUUAGGGCAGCGUUGGACCCGAGUGUCACUUUAAGCAACCCGAUUUACCUGGACGACUGCCAGCAGAUCCCUCCUUCGGGAUAUGCUAGUGACCCGGAGCUGGCCGAGAAACUCUGGAAGUUGAGUGAGGACAUUGUCGGGCAACAGUUUGCUGUGUAA